AUGCUGAGAGACAUUGAGGCAUUGCUUCUGGAUUUGCCCAGGUUUAGUUUUGAUCCAGAGUCCUUGCCGCCACCGUUGCAAACAUACAGAAUCUUCCAGCAGGGACUACGACAGGCCUUGAGCGAGGCUCAGGCGUCUGCCUCCGCUGCUGCAGGUACCAGACCUCCCACGGGAGUGUAUGGACCCUGGCAGGGGGGCCGUCUAGCCCAAGAACAGGUAACAUCGCAUGCAACUGUCUCCAGUGCAGCGCACUUGAGAGUUGCUGCUUUGAAUUUACGGGGCGGCUUGGGCGCCCAUGGAGGCAUCAAGCACAGGCAAGGAAGACUCUUGGCUUUAGUGGCGCAGCUGCAAGCCGAGCACAUACACAUAGCCGUGCUCAGCGAACCUAGGUUGGGGCCUGGGUUUACAUGGCCUGCCAAUCUUGGAUACACGUUCCUAGGCGAAAGAUCCACAUUGCCAGACACAGUGGCUGUCAUCAUAGAUGACCGCUGCCUGUCGGCAGUGAGCCAAGUCGCUGAAGUUGGUAACAGCAGGGCCCUGUGGCUGGCAGUAAGUGCCCCAGAUGGCGCAGCGCCCCUUCUCAUCUUGGCUGCUUAUGGACUACACAAGCUGAAAGCUCCCCUGGCGCGCAUAGGCUUUUGGCAAGACCGACUGCAGGACGCACAGGGGCUUCGCAGGCAACCUCUGUUUCGUCAUUCUGCCAUUCUUCUAGCUGGUGACGUCAAUGCUCACUUGCCUGGGCUGACGGCUUCCAACCAGCAUUAUUGCGGACAAACGGAAAGGGCCAUCCACAGUAUCAUUUCUGACAGGGCUAACUUAGGCCUUUGGAUUUGUAAUCCGCCUGGAGCACCUACAUUAGAAGCAGGAACCGCGCUUGACGUCAUUGCGGCAUCACCAAACCUGAGAACACAAGUCACAGUGCAGCCUGCAGACCAGAAAACAGUGCCCAGCGACCAUCUCCACCUCUUUGCCACAGUGGAUGUGCAAGUACCAGUACAGGAUAAGCAGCAGGAUCUCACUGUACAAUGGGCUCGUAAUGCAGAUUGGGGCCAGGCAGCACAACCUGUCUUGCCCGCGCUGCUCUUCGUUGGAUCAUGGGCUGCUCUUGCAUCUAGAUGGGCUGCAAUGAGAGAAAAGCUCCGCCGUGACCAGUGGGUGGGCGUUAGACAGUGGCUCGUUGACAUUGCAGCGUGGUGGAGGGCAGUCAUUUUUACUCUAGCUGGCCACGUCGCUGGUCUCGUGCUGUUUCGCAAACCUGGCCUGGGACCUAGAAAGAAGCAGUGUUCUCCUGAGGAUUGGUUGCACACUGCUACUACACCCAACUUGUCAAGCAUUGAACUGCGCAUACAGGAAGAAUCACGGCUUGCACACCAUGUGUACGAUAAAGGCCGCCGCCUAAUUGCAAGACAUGCUAGGCUUUGGAACUUGGACCGUACCUUGGCAGACAAACUGCUGAGUGCCACAUUGAAGCCCAAACAGGGAGUAGUGUUGGCACUUCGCGACAGUGACGGUCGUGAGCUGUCCCAGGCGCGAGCAAUCGCUGUACUCACCCAAGACCUUGUCAACCGCGCAGCAGGUAAAGGCCAGGGCACACCAGCCAUGAACAGCAUGGUCGACGCUGAGGUGCGGGUGGCACGUGCAGAAGCCCUUGUUGAGGCGGCCUCUCAAACGCAGGAUCCUUUCACAUGGCAGGAAGUCACCAAUGCCAUGAAGCAUCUGGGUAAGGCUAAGGCUUCGGUCCGCUUGCCUCGUGCGUGCGCUCACAUUGACGCCUACCCAGUCACAUUGCUUACAUGGGGGCUGUGUUGUUUGAUUGCCGCCACCUGCAAAUUACCAAGUAUGUGGAUACGGGAAGUUUGCCCUGUGGACAAAACGGGAAGCGGCCUUAUUCGACUUACUAAGCAGGUCCGCCCCGUAACAUGUGUUGAUGACAUCGAAGCGAUCCUGGACACCAUUUGGCUUGGCCAUGUCAGACCAGAACUGGAAAAGUUUAUGGGGUUCCAACAAUCAGGGGGACGUUUUGACCACAUCACUGUUGUGUUAGGGGUGACCCUUCUGCUUCAGGCCCGGAAAUCCCAGCAGCUACCAUCCUUGCUACAAAUUGCUGAUCUAGAGCAAGGCUACGAAUCAGUUUGGCGCCAAGCCUUGCGUUGUCUGACACGGCGUGCCCGUAUCAAAGGAUGGCACUGGCUAUUGUUAGAUGCGUGGUUGGGAAAGGAGACCCUUCGGGUCCGCGUUGGAGGCGCACUUGGCUUCGCUGUGUCCCUUGUCCAGCACAGCAUUGGACAAGGCAAGGUCAGCGGCACGCACCUUUUUGGCACCUUUGCCACGGCACUUACGAGCGCCUGGGAAAGCUGUUGCUCUGGGCUUGCCGUGACUGUCGAUCCUGCUGCAAAUUUGGCUAGGCACCUUUGUGUCCAUUUUUCGAAUGAGGCUGGGCUUGAAGCCAGCCCGCUUGCAAACCAGCAAGUCCGUUAUUGGGUAAGGCAGCUUAGCCCAUUGCCAAACUCUGCACAGCUUCAGAUGCUUGAAGGCACCGCUCCUUUCCUUUUCCCCUACCAGCAGUACGUGGAUGAUGGCAUCAUACUUGCUCUUGAUGCGCCUGCCCUUGCCAAAGCCAACUGCACCCUAACUGAUGCUUGCUUGAGCUGGAGGCAUAAAUUCGCCGGUGGGAAAAAGGGGCCUCGAGUACUGCCGGUACACACGCAGCCGCCGUCAUCGGACGCAUGCGGCACCCUAUGCGGAGAGAAGGUAGUGGUCUGCGACCACGUUACGCUUUUGGUCGUGCAUCUCGAGUCCGAUCUCAGCAUGAACAUGCAGCUCCAGCACACUGCUGCUGUCAUGCGUGGUGAGGGGUGCAAGUUAGCUAGCGGUAUGUCAACUGCUGGGUUUGGCAUGCCUGCGACGGCUGCACAGUUUAGCUUGCGCAUCGCGAGUAAGGCCCUAGCUGGAAGCGAAGUGUUGGCUAGCUACCAGGGGGGCUUCAAAAAAGCCGCUGAGCAAAUCAAUCAGGCCCAAUACGUGGUUGCUAAAGCUUUCCUUGGUAUUCCUGCUACGGCCAGCGUCGGCUCCUGGGCAGCAGUUUUCGCAGAAACCAGAUUGCUCAUCAGGGCGGGCACGAUGGUUGCGCAGCGUAUAGCUAUGGCUCGUGCAAGAAUUUCCCUACUGCCAGUUCAUCACCCGACGUCUCUCGCGGUGCAGUGCAUUCAAACGGGGGACAUUCAGAACACUUGGUGGCAGCACUCUCAGCAGGUCGUCUGCGAAUACCUCCAGGUGCCGGAAUUAUGGCAUACUGUGCAGAUCACGGAUGAGAUGCGCAACUCGGCUGCAGGGCGCAAGCGCGCGCUGGCGGCCUACAAGAGACAGCACGUCCUCCCACGUGUCAAGGCUCUAGAAGCCACAUGGCUUCAGACGCAGCUGCAGGGCGUGCUCACCGAAGCCAUACUUCCGUACAGUAGUAUCAGCCCGGCUCUCACGCCCUGGAAGGCGAAUGAGAGGUGGGCAUACUGGCCACCAUCAAGAUGGCACCUACACAGAAUUUGGUGCACAGCUCGGGUCACAGGAGCACUGCCGCUUCUCACGCCGGACUCAAGCUUCUUGAGGAUCGUUCCUUUCUGCCCGUUCUGCGGAACGCAGGCGGCUGGCAUUUUCCACCUUACUGUGGAUUGCCCAGCCAUGGAUGAUCUCAGAGGGCCCUUUCAAAGUGUAAGUGAAGGCCACAAUCUUUUCGCUGAGGCAAUGAAGCCCGGGGGCUUAUCGGAGUCUCAAGCCAUCGCUAAAGUCCACCUGGUGGGCGGAGCUGUGGCCAGAUUAGCGCAGGCCCUGCACAUGGAGACUGUCUAA